AUGAACUCGGAUUCUGACAAUGUACCUCCGAUCCUCACCCAACUUAUUCCCGCUGGCCAUUGUGCUUGCAAAUCGUCGACAACAUUCAACUGCGCAACCUGUAUAGAAUCGAUACCCGCGACUACAUCUGGAACCCCAUCACUCGCGCCCUCACCAUCUACCCCAGCCUGGGCCUUCCAAUAUGGUCGAGAUGAUCGCAAUCUGGCUCUGAACAAGACGGAGUGCCAGACAUCCUUUCCAGUGCGCGCUGCACAGGAAGAUCACCGGCGGAAGAUUGUUGCUACCUUGAGCUCAAUUCACAGAGCGCUUCGAGUUGAUGCACCUAAUAUUGAGUUUGCCUUCUCCAUUGAAGAUAAGGUAGAUGAUGUCUCCGGCGCUGGCCAUCCCCUCUGGGUACUUGCAAGGAAAGCCAGUGAAGAAUCAGUAUGGUUAAUGCCUGACUUUGGGUUUUGGGCAUGGGGUAACCCAGCAAGCAACAUUGGCCCAUAUGACCAGGUGGUGCAGCACAUAGAAAGGUUCGACUCUGAAGAAACGUUGCCAUGGACUUCCAAAAAUCCGAAGCUGAUUUGGCGGGGAAAAUUGAGCUUUGCACCCAAGCUCAGGCGGGGUUUGCUUGACGCCGCUAGAAGCAAACCCUGGGGUGAUGUAAAGGAGCUCAUCUGGGGUAAGAAGCAUCAUUUUGUCAGCAUGGAGGAUCACUGUAGGUACAUGUUCAUCGCCCAUGUUGAAGGUCGGUCCUUCUCCUCCUCUCUCAAAUACCGCCAGGCCUGUCGAUCGGUUGUGGUGGCACACAAACUGCAGUACAUUCAACACUUUCACUAUCUCCUUCAAUCCGGUGGCCCACAUCAAAAUUUUGUUGAAGUCGAGCGGGAUUUUUCUGACCUCUCUGAGAAGAUGGAGGAGCUCCUUGCAGAUCCCGAGAAGGCCAGGAGGAUCGCUGAGAACAGUGUCAAGAUUUUCCGGCAGCGCUAUCUUACAGCAGCCGCUGAAGGGUGUUAUUGGCGAGAGUUAUGGGAUGGCUGGGCAAGUGUGUCUCGGGGAAAUUCAGCGUCGAAUGACAUACCGGAUGAAAGAGGCCUGAGAUAUGAGACUUUCAUCCUCUUACCAAAGCACCGAGAAGGGUAUGGACACAAAGAUUGCAAACGAACUCGACUUCUGUCGGCAUUUGCGGCGAAAACAGAUGCGGGCUGCCUCACUUCCGAGUAUAUUACGCGGCGAACGAAUUCACCUAAUGGAUUUAAAGGGAAUCCCCUCCAAAGUCGACAUAGAAACGCGUCUUCCAGGACCAAACGAACGGCAUGCCGCAGGUCUCGACCAUCCGCCUUCGCGGGUGCUACUGUUAAACAUAGCGCCACUCCCAGACGGCCCCUACCUAAUAGCAAGAACAAAGCUGUAUCUAGAAAGCAAAUGUGCACGCUAGGCAGGAAGCCAUUUAUACAAACCGGAUACAGCUUCUAG